ACAGCACUAGCAGCAGCAAAAGCAGCAGAGAGGCAGGGAGCGGGAGCAGCAAGAGCCAGCAUGAGCUGCCACCACAUUCAAAACAGAAGCCUGCCGUUCAGGUAUGACGGGGUGCUUGACAAGCACAGCCCGUUGGUUUUGCAGCCUCUCUGGGACUUUGUCAGAUCCCAGGACACCUUGAUCGGAUCACCCUUCUUUCCGGUGCUCUUCAAUUUUACGACAUACACGGCAUUCUGCCUGCCUUUUGUGGCUUUGGACUUCUUCAGCACUCGAAUCCCAGCCUUGAGAAAAUACAAAAUCCAGCCGCUGAUGGCUCCAACUCUGGGAAUGAUCGUGCGUUGCCUGGCUCAAAGUGUCUACCAUCAUGCCGUUGGCAUUUUCCCGGUGACUGUUGCUCAUUGGUACUGGGCACCUGUGAACUUGCCACUGAAGGCUCCAGAACUGCCGCGGCUCCUCUGGGAUGUAACAGUUUGCCUGCUGCUUUUCGACUUCCUGUCCUUCCUGUGGCAUUUGCUCCAUCACAGAGUGCCUUGGCUCUACAAGACCUUCCACAAGGUCCACCACAAACACGUCUCCACCUUCGCUCUUACCACCCAGUACUCAAGCAUGUGGGAGCUGCUGUGGCUGGGAUGCUUUGCGGCGGUGUGUCCAACACUGCUUCGGUGUCAUCCUUUGACAGAAAUAACUUUCCACGUUGCUAACAUCUGGCUCUCAGUGGAAGAUCACUGUGGCUAUGACCUGCCAUGGUCAACCCAUAAGCUGGUGCCUUGGGGUCUGUAUGGAGGAGCACCACACCACGAUCUCCACCACUUGAAGUUCAGAUUCAACUACGCACCUUACCUCACACACUGGGAUCGACUCUUUGGAACCCUUAGCCAUGCUGUCGGGGACAACAGGGCACCUGAGAAGAAGCUCGCGGAAGACUAACCUUCAGCCCUUCUCUUUGGACAUUUUGGAGUGAAAACCAAUGGAGGCACUCUCCACAGCACAUAUUUAUAAUUGACAUAUUUAUGGAGCGUUUUUUGUGAAGUAUUUAUGACCUAUGACUAGUAUGAACCAUCUGGGAAGGAGGAAAGUAGAUCACACUUUCUUUAUGGCAACCCAAGCUUUAACAAAGCUAUACUGGAUAUGUUCAGCAUGUAUGUAAGGGAGUGUUUGCCUAAUGUAAUGAUGUGAAUGUAUCUUGAGUGUGGACAUAAUGCCUACAUUUGAUUCCUAUGGAAUUUAUUUUGCCUUCACGUUUGAGAAAACAAACAAAUCAAGAAUGGAAAAGAGACCAGUAAUUUUAAGAUUUUUUUUUUUUGGCUGAAGAGCAAGAAAUAUAAUAAAAAUUUGACUUGAUUAUAUUUUUAUUCAACUGUUUGAAGUAUUUAUAUUCUAUUUUAUGUUGCAUAAAUAAAAAAAAUCUUUUAUAUUA